AUGAAUUCAGUCAUAGCUAUUUUGCUUAUUGGUUUUGGUGCAGAAAGUUUUCUGGACGAAGAGAAUGUGAUACCAGAUUUGGCACCUCAUAUUGAUAAUCCAAUGGAGUUUGAAUUCAUUGAAGAUACGCAUAAGAAGCACUAUUUGAAGUCACUGUUUACAGAAUCCUUUUAUGAACCGAACUGUGAUGGUAAACCCAAUGUUACGAUCAAACCAAUUUAUUUUUGGCCAGGUCAACGUAUUGACCUUCGAUGUGUAAUGUGUCGUCGAGCAUUUACUUUUAACGGAUUAAUGAAGCACUGGUGGUUUAUGCCGGCAAAGGAUGUUGAGGAUGCACUUGGAGAUAUGAAAGUUCUCAAAAAUUCACCUAAAUGGAAUCAACAUUUGGUGACGUUAAGCGCUGAUUUUGGAGAUAAUAGAUGGCGUGAUUUUGGUGCAAUGCCUAACAGUUUCGAAGCUGCGACAAAUCCGCGAUCACAGACCGUAUUCAUACAAAGAAGAGGGAUGCUAAUUUUGUUGCAGCCAACAUCCGAGAAUGAAGGCUUAUACCGUUGCUUGGAUAUAGCCUCAAGAAAUACCUUACACUUCAUUUAUUAUUUGAUCGCAAUGCAACCUCUUUUCAUUUAUCUUCAUCCUGGUGAAGAGCAAAUUUCUCAGAUUGAAUCGCAAGGUUUUCCUGAUUCAAACUGGAAAUUUCGUCAUAUUCCUCCUACAUAUAUACGUGAUGCAUUUCGGAUGUGCACUAUGAAUUGGACAUCCUGUCUUGAUUGGGUAGUCAGUGAUAAAAAUAUGAACGAAGAGAUGAGCUGGAAUUUGCACAGAUAUUCGAAAGAUGCUAAACUGGCAGAAAAAUUUGUGAAUUUAAAAAUUCAACUACAGUGGAAUGAGUGGUCGUCAUGCGAGCAAGGUACUACAGUAAGGACUAGAGAAGGUCAUUGUUACUUGAAAAAGAUAGAUCCAAGUAAAGAUAUCGGUCAACUGGUAGAUAGUGCAUUUGCUGCCUACGAUCUAUUCAACUGGGUGAAAAAGCUCAAAAAUCAUAUGUCAAAAAUUCCUGAAUUCAAUAUUACUGGCAUACGUCUUUAUAGUGCAUUGAUAUCAAAACUAAUUCAUGAAGGUGCAUUCGGCGAUGACAAAACUUACGACGAUUGCUACAGCAUGAAAGAUAUGUUCUUUAAGAGACCAAAAGCUACAAAACGCUGGAUCAACGCAAUUUUUGCCGCAUUCGGAAUUGAUAAUGCCGAAUCAAUGUUGAAGGCAAGUGAUCGAUUAUGCCUGUAUUAUUAUAAUAAGCCGACGAUACGAACAGAUAAAGCACCAGCUAGCGUCUUCGUUGGUACCCAUCUUGUGGACAUUCAACGUUGUCCAGUUCUUUGA